AUGGAGACAGACGAGGAAACACCUAGAGGGCCUCGAACUAUUUGUACGUCCAGAGUUAGUAAGGAUUCCGGUUACGGUUCUCUUGAAACCAAGUCCACAGCGCACGGCAAGCUUCAGGCCAUUCAAGAGCACCAAGGAACGGAUAGUAUCGAUAAUCAGGAGGAAGCCGAUGAGCUACAGACGAUAUACUCUGAUGCCUCUAGCCUUCUGCAACAUCCAGACAUCGACAAAUACAUCUCUGCGUUUGCCGAUGUUCUGUCUCGCUCUCUCCCAUCGGAAUUUGAUGAGAGUGACGCGGAGAGGGUCUUUUCAGCACUUCCAUCCCUUCUCAGGGCCUUCGCGGUCAGGCUUGGCUAUGAGAGUUCUGAGCGCAUGCCACGGCAGUUAAUGUACCUUGUUUCAAGGUUUCGAAGCGAAAUAGCCAGAUGCCUUAAACGCAUGGUGCAUGAGGAGUAUCAUGACGGUUCAAGUGUUCAUAAAAUGAACGGUGAAGGAGACAGCCCUCGUCAAAACAAGCCCUUCAUGGGCCUUGACGACAAAAUUCACAUGUGGCUGUCAAAAGAGGAUGUUCUUGAGACCGACAAUGCCCGAUUUUGCGACUUGGACGAAGCAGAGCCUGGCGCCUGUGAUUAUUUGGACGAUCUUGGUGGGUUGGAUGAUUUGGACGCCUUGGACAGUUUCAAAGAAGAGGGUUUCCUGUCUGAAUAUCGUCAAUUGCUCUCAAGAUCUCCCGCAUACCAAUGGCUGCGGUCUUCCAUCCGAGUCAAAAGUACUCUCCAGGUCCCCGGAUCAGAUGCUACGGCAAGCCACAUCGGAGAUCGGAUUGUCAAAGCAGUUGGUCGUCCGAACAAGUUCAGUCGGAAGCAGACCCAAGAGCUCCGGAUGCAUUUCGUCGUUCCUUGGGACCCAUUCCUCUUCUUACAGGAGCAGGAGUACGAGAAACCGCUAAGCUACGUCCUAGCGCACGCGAUAACACUCACUGGUCAUGGUAACGACCUGCAAGCGGCGACAUGCGAGAGCUACAUGAGGCAAACGUGGCCAAAUACAGGGCUGCAAUUCCUUGAAUUCCUCCAAAGGGCCGUCAAGAGCGAGUCUGGUACUUGUGAAGGUAAGUAG